AAAUAUUGUAUUUGUCUGUGGUUAUAGUUUCGUGUUGUUUGUAUGCUGGAAUUUUCUAAUUUUCUGUUCUCCAUAGGUUUAAAAGAUUAAUUUGCAGUUUAAAUCCAGUAAACCAGUAGUCUUGUAAAGAACAGUUGACCUAAGUUAAAAUGCCCAAGUAUUAUUGUGAUUAUUGUGAUACAUACUUAACCCAUGACUCUCCUAGCGUGCGCAAAACACAUUGCACUGGAAGAAAACACAAAGAUAAUGUAAAAUUUUUCUAUCAGAAAUGGAUGGAAGAACAAGCCCAACAUCUCAUUGAUGCAACUACUGCUGCAUUCAAAGCUGGAAAAAUUGCACAGAAUCCGUUUGGCACCAAAGGAACAGCUAUUCCGCCACCGUGGGAUCCAUCAGUCAUGGGUCCAGGAGGACCUAGACCACCGGUUCCUACGCCGGGAGGACCGCCUGGCAUGAUCCCGCCGCCGUCAAUGGGUCACGGAGGACCAAUGGCUCCACCAAUGAUGAUGGGACCGCACGGUCCUAUGCCUCCUAUGAUGGGAAUGAGACCACCAAUGAUGGGUCCAUUAAUGGGACCCAUGGGUCCUAUGGGACCAAUGGGACAAAUGAGACCACCUCUAAUGAAUGGACCUCCUAUGAAUAAAUAGUUGUCAAAUAAAACUUAAUAAAUUAAUGCAGUUAGUUCAGAAUGGUAUGGUAAUAUUGUGACGGGUGAUUAAUUUUCCCAGAAAAAAUGAACUUUCUCAAUUUUCUCAUAAUGUGUUUGAUAUUAUUAUGGUCAUGGUAUGGUCAUCAUCUAUUUCUAUAGAAAUAGCUUUACCUACAUAACAUUCUGAACCCCAGAUGUCUAGAUUUUAUUAUUGCAGAGGAUAAUUUUGACAGGUAUAUGAGAACUAUAGUGUUAGUGUGAAUGAUCUAACAUACUUAGCAAUGUGACUGGUUAUAAAAUGUUUUUCAUUUAAGGUGACCAAGUUAUGUGAGUGAAAUUCAUUGAAGCGUUAAUAAAUUGAUAUUUCCAAUGAUGAAAAUUGCUAAUAAGGAUAGAAAUUACAAUUUAAAAAUGUGUUUGUGCUUUGCUGAUGUUCCUUCAGUAUACACAAAUGGAAUAACCAACUGUUACGCCAAUCUAUUAUUUCAGACUACAUAAAAUACAAUGUUCAUCAUAGUUUACGUAUUUGUAAAGAAACAAACUGAUGUAAGUAUUUGGUAAAAUAAAACAGGAUUUUGUAACUUC